AUGGAUGAAGAUUUAAGAGAUAUCAUAUCUAACUGCCUUGAAGUUAAUCCAGAACUUAGGCCUGAUAUUGAAAUCAUUUUACAAAUGAGAUAUUUUUCAGCUUUAGAUUCUUCUAAACCUCAAUGUUCAACUUUCAAAUUAAGCAUUCCGAGAUCAGAAAGAACCGAAUAUAGAAGUGCCAUCUUAUCAGUUCCAAUCAUCAAAGAAAUUUCAUCUGGUUCGCCUGUUCGAAUGUCUCGAAUUCCAUUUGCAAGACGCCUUGGAAGGUGUUCUUCUGAGAAAAAGUUAUAA